GAGCAGGCGCGGGUGGUUCGCUCGCGGGAUCUGGGCUUCUCGCCCCGCCCCCUGCAGGGAUUUGACUGCCCCGCCUCCGCGGACCGGCGACCGUCACGGCUGGGCGCCACCGGGACCGGGGACCCUGCAGGCCCCGAAUGUUAAGAAUCCUUUACGGGGGACACGUGUGUUGUCUGCGGUCGCUGCUAACUGCUGCAUGUGACAGUGGAUCGGAUCAGAACCAGGCUGAAGAGCCCGCGCCUCCGGCCUGGGGCCGCAGGGCUUCUUGUGACCUCGGGAAGCAUGGCCGCGUGCCUGGAUGAAUGAGGAGUUGGGACGAAGGGAAGAUCAGACGGGAGCGGACUAGCACAGGAGCAGAACUUUUCAAAGAACCGAGUUUUUGACACUGUCUACCUUCUAAGGGAGGAGGAUGUUCCCGUCUCUGCCCACCCUGACUGUCCUCAUCCCGCUAGUCUCACUGGCAGGCCUGUUCUACUCGGCCUCUGUGGAGGAAGGCUUCCCCCAGGGCUGCACCAGCGCCAGCAGCCUGUGUUUCUACAGCCUGCUCCUGCCGGUCACCGUGCCGGUGUACGUCUUCUUCCACCUGUGGACCUGGAUGGGGCUGAAGCUCUUCAGACAUAAUUAGUGCAGCGUGGGCCCCUCUCGUGGGGACCUGCGUGAUGAGUCGCCCUGGCGGCGGGAGCGUCCUGGUCGUUGGGUUCUGCCCUCUGGAGUUGCAGAUUCUGAUGUCAGUGCGGUGGCAGAAUAACACGUUCAUUAAAAUGUCUUGAGGGAGGAACACCA